AUGGUGUCAACAAUUAUAUAUAUAACAAGGCACGACAGGCAUUUUACACUAAAUAUAUUUAGAAUAACAGCUGUAAUCAGCGAAAGUUAUUCCGUGCUGGUAAACGCCUGUUUAAUCAGUCGCACGGCGAUGAAUUACCUCAGAAUCUGUACACCUCCACUUUCGCAAACGAAGUAGGAGAGUAUUUGUGUCAAAGAUUGUUACAAUCUAGAGACCAAUUUAUACUGAUAUAAUAGAUUUACCUGCCUCCGCACCCAUUACUGUUGGUGGCACUGCUCUGUCAACUCCAUCGUUAUCUGAAUUUAAGACCCUGUUUACCAUCAAUGAUAGUUAACUGUUUCUUCAUGUUUACUUAUCUUUUACUUUUUAUGUUUUGCAUUAGAUAAUUCUAUUGCCAGAAAAUUUUAUUGUCUCUCUUGGUGCUCUUAAAAUUUCAAUAAAGCGAGAUGCAGGGGGAACGAAUCUUGCCAGAGUUCAGUUUUCAUUCUCUCGCCUCAAGUUGACGGUCGUUUCAACUUUAUACCUUAUGUACUGAAAGUUGAUGUAACGAUCUCACUCCGAACUAAUGUCCAUCUUGUCUUGGCAGUCACCUCCUUUUGUCUCUCUUUUCACACUCGGUUUCAUUACUUCCAAGCUUCUAACCAUUCUUUGCUUUGGUCGUUUUAAUCCGUCUCUCAAUUGUUUUCUAUCGCGAUUUACCUUUAGUCGCAUUUGUUUGUUCAUUUCUUUUCUCAGGGUCUCAGUGGGGUGAUGGCUUUUUCGGCUAACUGUUAAAAUGUUGGCUAAUUAACCGCUAACGGCUGAUAUCUUUCCAUUUUUAUCACCAUAAAUUUUUUCUUACGGGGCACCUUUUUACGACUGAUGGUUAAAAUUUGUCAAUUUUUACGCCUAACGGCUAAAUUUAUUACUUUCUGCAUUUUCUUCAGUACCGUUCGUCUCUGUCUCGUUCGCGACUCGUUGGGCGUCUUACAACUCAGAGUAGAUCUCUGAAUAAGGGAACACCUUUCAGUGCCAUGAAGCUCUACGUAGUCGCACAACUAAACAGCUCUAUCCUUGGCCAGGCAUUCAAGAUGAAAGAUAGGUAUCAUUUAUGA